AACAGAAAGAAAAAAAACGAACGGGCGAAGGUAUACAUUUUCUGAUAAGAACAACAAAAAAUCAACAGCACCAAAAUAUCUGCAUUUUUCAAUUAAAAAUAUCGUAUACUGGAUUUUAAUGGUGCCAUAAAGUGCGCUUUCGGAACGAAGAUGUAGAAAAAUGAAGCGCUGGACAAAAAUAAUUCAGUUCGAAGGAAAUUUUUGUAAUAUCGCAAACUCAUAAAUUUCUAUUGCCUAUAUUUCGGGGCAGACGGAUUUGAAUUAAAAGAAAAGUGCUCAGGCCAUUAUGUCCAACAAUUAAUGGAAAUUUAAGCACAAUCAUGAUGUCCAACGAUGUUCAAUUAGCACGCGUCGCUAAGAUAAGCCGACCCAGACAGGGGCAUGGCAAACAGCAGCAAUGGGCCCGCGAAAUAGUCCCAAAAAACUCUGGCGAAGAUCCGGACUUUGUGUUUGGUAGCAUUUCGCCACGGGGAACCAAGCACUUGGUUAGUUCCCAUGACUUGGAAUUGGAUUCUCCGGAACACACUCAACGCGAUACAACAGAAAGUGACAACAACAUCUCCAGCUGCUCGACACUGGACAUUGUCAACAAAGUGGAACAGUUGUCAGUGCAGCAUCUUGAAAAUCGAGUUCGCGAACUUUCACAGCGUCUGCAACAGGCUGAACGGCAAGUGACCGAGAGCAACACGGAAAGGGAUAUGUGUCACAAGCGGCUGGAGGUGGUUAGCCAGGCCCACGAAUGCCGAAUUACCGAAAUGCAUUGUGUCAUAGCGGAGCUGAGUAAGAAAUUGCGAAACAAGCACGAACAUAUCAUUGUGGAGGAACAGGAGCCGGAAGCAUGCAGUGAGUUGAGUUAUCAAGAGGGUUCAGUGUACAACUCCGAGCUAAAUCUUACCAAUCCGGAUGCCGAUGCUGAAUGUCAAACUGAACCUCUGGACGAUUUGGAGGUAGCUUCUAGCAUUGACAAACUAUGCCCAAAGUCACAGAAAGGUCAAUUGGAGGCACUGCAAGAGGAAGUACUGCAUUUGAGAGCUCAAAUAGCCUUGCUGCAGGCUGAGAUAGCAACCAAAGGUGAUGACACUGACAUUGUGGAGGAACACGGCAAUGUAGCCUACUUUGCAUCUGACCCGGAGGCGAACGAAAGUGGGCAUCAACAGUUGAAUGAUCUGAAUAAAGCUGGCUUAUCCCUGACUAAAAAGCAUUUGCCUGCAGUAACAAAAAUGGCCGAACGUGUCAAGUUGCGAUGCGCCAGCAAGACUGAACCAGAAGAGGAUGAGGGCAACCAUACAGAACUAAGCCAUGAGGAGGACAUCAAUCUUGUGGAACAUUUGGUCUGUGAACUAAAGGAACAAAAUUCGAUUGUGGACAGCUUUAUGGAAGUAAGUCGUCUGCAACGCCAAUUGGAGCAUUUAAAGGUAUGCAACACCAUGCUGGCACUGACCCUCGACGAGUCCCGGCAACAUGCAGAGCACUUGUAUCUCUUGUGUGGAAAAUACGAAUCCAAUGCAUUGGCCCUUCAAUUGGCAGUUAAUUGCAGUGAUCGCGCCAUUGAGGCCUACGAUGUAAUGCUUGCAUUGCUGGAGAGCAGGAUGGCUUUGCUACACAAAUCGGCGGCCGCUGAGGAGAGUCGUCGAGCCGUUGAAUCCGUAGCUCGACAUCUUCUGGCGCGUCUUGAGAGCGAGAAAAAUGUCUGCGAGAAUAGCCUAGGGCCCUGGCAGCAUAUCAAUCUCGGAGCUGAUGAGUCCCCCAAGGCAGCACGUGCCUGGACCACAGAUGAUGACAAUCGCUUACGCUAUCAUGUCUCCAAGCUAAAAGGACAAAGAUCGACGUUGCAACAAACGAUUAUCAAUCUGGAAUCACCCUUCAGCGAUCUGUAUGAUAAGAAACGUCUGGCGUUAGAAAAGGAUCGCGAACUGUGUCCGGAUCAUGGGGAAAAGAAGUCACCCAUGGAUAUAGAGACAGCCGUAAACAUGCAGGAACUACUUGAGCUGCGUGACCAAAACCUGCAGCUACAGGCGAAAAUCGAGGAGGGCGAACGGGAGCAACAACAUGCCAACGAGCGUGUUGCAAUUUUGCAGGAGGCUCUCAGGCAGCUGCAGGCGACGACGAAUCGCGUCUCCUACUCGGAGGCUGAACAUGCUGCUCUCACCGAACAACAACUUGUGGAGGCUUUGACACGGGAAACGGAGCUGAAAACCCGCAUCCAGACACUGCUGACCAAGGUGACGUCCAUUCAGAAGGCAUCGGACGAAAAGCACGAGGAACUGCAACAUAAUGUACGCGAACUGCAUAAAUCAAAUCACAAUCUUGGCCAGAUGUUGGACCAUAGCAAGCGCAAGUACCAGCUACGUCUUAGAAAGUUGGAGCAGAAAAUUUUGGAUUUGCGCCUUGAGCAUGAUCAACCUAAAAAAAAUGUUCCUGAGACAACGCUUUAGAUAUAACUAAGCACCCGGAGAUGUAGGAGCGAAGUCGGAGCUUGCCUUUCACAUAUCUCCUGCCCCUUGAUAAAUGUUUCCCUGCUAAUGCCGCUCCCACCAACAUAUUGACAUACCGCCUUCGCUCCAGGAAACAAAUGAAUAUCACGAAUGUGCCAUGCGAUGAAUCAAGCUGUAUUAUUAACUACAUAUACAUUACAUACAUAUAUAUAUAUAUAUAUCCAAUGGAGCCCAAAGGUUAUCGAAUGUGCCGAUGGUGCUCGCCCACUGCAAUUACAAUUACAUAGUUACUCACAAUACGCAUACAUGGGAAUCCUAUAUUUAUACAAUAUAUAUUCGCAAUUUGCUUGUUAUACUGUAACUCAAACUCUAAUAUAAAUGUAUUUCCAAUUGUACAAAUUCUUAAACUAAAGUUACGAAUCAUUAGA